AUGGCUCAAAGAUCAUCACCGUUUGACCUGCAGACAUGUGCACGGCCCAAUAUUUUGAAGUUGCAGCCCUACCGGUGCGCUAGAGAUGACUACAAAGAUGAUGGGACGAACAUCCUCCUCGACGCCAACGAGAAUGCCUACGGUCCAGCGUUAGCAUUGAACAGCGAGGGCGCAUUGCAGGCGUCGCGGGCUGGCGAUGCGACGGGGGCCUCCAAGCCUGAGAUUGACUUCUUGGGCUUGAACAGAUACCCCGAUCCUCAUCAGAUCGAACUCAAGCAGCUGUUCUGCAACCUCCGUAACACCCACAAACACACACAGAAGACCCUCCGACCCGAGAAUAUGUUCGUCGGGGUUGGAUCGGACGAGGCGAUCGAUGCACUGCUGCGAUGCUUCUGCAUCCCCGGCAAGGACAAGAUACUUACCUGCCCGCCGACAUAUGGAAUGUACAGUGUGAGCGCACAAGUCAAUGAUGUCGAGAUCGUCAAGGUGCCGCUGGAUGUAAACAACGGGUUUCACCUGCAGCCGGAUAAAGUAAAUGAAGCCCUGUCGGCGGACCCGUCGAUCAAGCUCGCCUAUAUCUGCUCACCGGGUAACCCGACAGCGAACCUAAUCCGCAAGGCUGAUAUCCAGAAGGUGCUGGAGAACCCGACCUGGAAUGGCGUGGUCGUGGUGGACGAGGCAUACAUUGACUUUGCCCACGAGGGCGCCAGCUUGGCCGAGUGGGUGACCGAGUGGCCCAAUCUCGUGGUCAUGCAGACCCUAAGCAAGGCAUUUGGCCUGGCGGGUAUCCGCCUGGGCGUGGCCUACACCAGCCCCGAGAUUGCCCUCCUACUGAACAGCCUGAAAGCCCCCUAUAACAUUUCCAGCCCGACAAGCGCGCUAGCCACAGCAGCGCUGACGGCCCCCAACAUGGCUGUCAUGCGCCAGUACCGUGAGAAGAUCGUCGCCCAGCGCGACCGGCUGCGCCGUGAGCUGCCACAGAUCCCCGGCGUCGGCCGGUUCCUAGGCGGCCAGGAUUCGAACUUCCUACUGGUGGAGAUGCUUGACGCCGAGGGCCGGCCGAGCAACAUUACCGCGCUGGCGGCCUACGAGGCGAUGGCUGAGAAACGCGGGGUGGUGGUGCGGUUCCGCGGCAAAGAGUAUGGAUGUGAGGGCUGCCUGCGCAUCACGGUCGGUACUGAGGCCGAGGUCACCACGUUCCUGCAGGAGCUUCGGUUGGUGCUGGGUGGGCUGCGCACCGGAGCCGGCACCCAGGCGGUUCGCGACGAGGAGCAGCGGGAGGACGCAGCGGCCGCGGUGGUUGGGUAA